AUGUCUAAUGACUCUACCAGGCGGGAGAUACUGAUCAUGCCAUCUGAAACUCAUACCAAGAUCAACAUCGUCUACGAAAGUGCAGCUCGUAUUAUGCAGGGUGGCAUUCUAUCUUCAAAGCUUUCAGCUAUCUCGAUUUUUCUAGACACUUUGUACUGUGAUUUUCAAAAUACAGGUGGUGACGAUCAUUGA